CACACACACACACACACACACACACACACACACAGAGUCCGUGGGGGAGAACUCAUUGUAAACAUGCAAUGUGACUUGUGGAGAAAAACUAGAGUUCAGACGGGAACGCAGCACCUUUCCAACGUACGGAGAGAAAUAAGUCAUGGAGCUUACACGUGUCAUUGUGAUCUUGGCCCAGUGUGUAUGGCCCUCGUGGACUCAAUUCAUCCACCUCACAGACAUGUAUGGGACCAUCAAGUCUCCAAACUUUCCUGAAUCCUAUCCAAAAGAGAUUGAUCUACAGUGGAAUAUAACUGUGCCAGAAGGAUAUCAAAUCCGACUCUAUUUUAUGCAUUUCGACAUUGAGCCCUCAUACUUGUGUGAAUAUGACUACUUGAAGGUAUACUCAGACACUGAAGAGCUGGCCGUGUUUUGUGGAAAAGAGAAUACAGACACAGAACAGGUCCCCGCUGGUGAUGUCAUCAUGUCCCCCAGGAACGUGCUCAGUGUGGCCUUCCGUUCAGACUUUUCCAAUGAGGAACGCUACUCUGGCUUCGAGGCUCACUUUAGUGCGAUUGAUGUAGAUGAAUGCAGAGACCGGAAUGAUGAAGAUCUUGCCUGUGAUCAUUUCUGUCAUAACUACAUUAGCGGUUUCUACUGUUCUUGUCGUUACGGGUUCCUGCUUCAUUCUGACAACAGAACUUGCAAAGUGGAGUGUAAUGAAAGCGUGUACACAGAGCGCUCUGGAGUGAUCACCAGUGCUGAUUUCCCUAAACCGUACCCCAAAAGCUCUGACUGCAUGUACCGCAUUGAGCUGGAGGAGGGUUUUCAAAUCACUCUGGAGUUUGAUGACACCUUUGACAUUGAAGACCACCCUGAAGUCACCUGCCCCUAUGACUUUAUCAAAAUUAAUGCAGGAGACAAGGAGUUUGGCCCGCUUUGUGGUGAGCAGUCACCAGGGAAGAUCCAGACAGGAAGUAACGCAGUCAGCGUCCUGUUUCACAGUGACAACUCUGGAGAGAAUCUCGGCUGGAAACUCACUUACACCUCCACUGGUUCUGAAUGCUCUCCUCUUGCGGCGCCCCUCAAUGGACACCUGGAGCCUCUGCAGUCUAAUUACGUCUUCAAAGAUCACAUUAUGCUGACCUGUGACCCUGGAUACUCGCUGAGACAGGGUGAUAAAGAAUUUGAGCACUAUCAGAUUGAGUGUCAGAGGGAUGGGAAAUGGAGCAGUGACGUCCUGCUGUGUAAAAUGGUCGACUGUGGUCCAGUGGAUGUAGUUUUGGGUGAGGUGGUUUUUGAGAGCUCUGGAAACAGUACUGUGUUUGGAUCCAGAAUCCAGUACAGCUGCAGAGACUCUCGCCAGCUCAACAACACUUACACCUGUCAUCAGAGCGGGGAAUGGGUGAGUGAGGAUGGGACACCACUGCCCUCCUGUCUAGCAGGAGAUUUAGAAAGAACCUUAAGUACCAAUCCCGAAUCUCAACUUCCUACUCCUCUAGCAAACACUUCUCUUGCAUGUGGUGAGCAGUCACAGCUCUUCCCAGCCCAGCAGAAGCGAAUCGUUGGUGGGAGAACAGCAUCUCCAGGUCUGUUUCCCUGGCAGGUUCUGCUCUCAGUAGAGGACAUGUCCCGGGUCCCCAAGGUCUGCUUGUUUGGCAGCGGUGCUCUCCUCUCCUCAACCUGGGUUCUCACAGCCGCUCAUGUGCUCAGAUCUCACCGCCUUGAUCUUUCCGUUGUACCUGUUGCUUCUGAACACAUUCGUGUGCACUUGGGCCUCACAGAUGUACGGGAUAAGCACUUGGCCACCAACCGGUCCGUAGCAAAAGUCAUCCUCCAUCCUCAUUUUGAUCCUAAAAACUACAACAAUGACAUUGCUCUGGUUAAACUCAGCCAGGAGGUGGCGCUGUCUGCGUUAAUACGGCCCGUCUGUCUACCAAGGCCUGGUGUAGAAGGUCAUGCCCUAAUGCCUCUGCCCAACACAUUGGGUAUAGUUGCCGGUUGGGGCAUUAACAUGGCCAAUGCUUCUGCCUCCUCCAGUGGCUUGACUUCCGAUUCCAGCACUGUUUCCGAGCUGCUCCAGUAUGUGAAGCUCCCGGUUGUGCCGCAGGAUGAAUGUGAAGCCAGUUAUGUGUCACGCUCUGUCAACUACAACAUCACCAGCAAUAUGUUUUGCGCUGGCUUUUAUGAAGGCGGUCAGGACACCUGUUUGGGGGACAGUGGGGGAGCGUUUGUCACCCAGGACGCCCGCAGUGGCAGAUGGGUGGCACAAGGACUGGUGUCCUGGGGUGGGCCAGAGGAGUGUGGCAGUCAGAGGAUGUAUGGGGUGUACACUCGGGUGACAAACUACGUCCACUGGCUACACAGGCACAUGGAUGUGGACCGCUGGUGGUGAAGAAGUCUGAAAAGUGCGCUGGAGCUGGAAGUCUCUCCUUAUUAUUAUUAUUUUUUAAUUUUGUCAUUUUAUUUUGCCAUUCUUAUAAUUGAACUCAAUGUAAGGCAAGAGUUACACCCAGAAGUGUUCAUUCUUGUAUUUGGUCAGAUUUCUUUAUUAUGGACUUUUUUUUUAAUUCAAACAUUUAUGCUAGCAGUUUAUGAAUUUAUUUGUAGUACAGAUUAUAUGAACUUGAAACUUAAAAUUGUAUCAUCCUUGAGUACUGGUUAGGGACUUUAGCCUAUCAAGACAGCAUCCAUAUUACACUAAUGUUCAAAAGUUUGGGGUCUGUAAGAGUUUUAAUAUUUUUUUAAACAAAUUAAUACUUUUAUUCAGCAAGGACACAUUAAACUUAUCAAAAGAGACAGUAAAGACAUUUAUAAUGUUAUCCAUAAAAAUAGUAAGCAACACCAUUUUCAAGACUGAUAAAUGUUUCUUGAGCAUCAAAUUCAGCAUAUUAGAAUGAUUUUUGGAGGAUCAUGUGAUACUGAAGACUGGAGCUGAAGCUUCACCAUCAAAGGAAUAAAUUACAUUUAAAAAUAUAUUCAAAUAUAAAACAGUUAUUUGCAAUUGUAAGGAUACUUUGAAUUAUUACUGUUUUACUGUAUUUUUGCACUUUCAAAAACAUUGACGUUUCUUACCAGUUUUUUAAAGGACACCAUAUUGUACAAAAAAAUAAGCAAAAAAAAACAAAAAACAUUAUACAUCUUUCUAAUGAUAUAAUUCAUUUAAACCUGAUGAAAUUUGUAGUUUUAUACACAUACAUAAUAUAUCAUCACAAGUUUAAAAUGAUAUAAUUAAUAAAAAUGGUUACACUGCUAAUAAAAGCCACUAAACAUUUAUAUAUGAAAUGAACACAUUCGCAUGUAUUGAUAUAAUUUGAAUGAAAUAAAUGUUUUAAGAAA